AUGGCGAAAAAGCAACGGAGUCGACUCGAAGAUGACUACACGGGUGAUCGAAUUAGCAAGCUUCCUGAUGAGAUAUUAGGGUUAAUAUUAUCUUCGAUGAGCUUGAAAGAAGCUAUAAAGACUAGUGCACUCUCCUCUCGAUGGAGGAGCUUGUGGAUCGUCACACGCAAACUAGAUAUAGAUCUGGAUUCGACAACAAUACUAGACAAUCGGAGAAACUCCUAUAACAUUAACAAAUUAAGAUUCAAGUUUGUUAGAUGGAUUGAUCGUCUAUUCACCACCAUACUCCCGGAAUCCUCCAGUACUACUCUUAACAGAUUCAGAGUGGUAUUCGAUUUAUCUUCCUUAUUCAGUGGAUGGAUCGAUGAUUGGCUUAGCUCGGCCGUGAGUAGAAAAGUUGAGAGUCUUGAGUUGAUCCUGAACACCUACUCCAACUCACGAGCCGAGCGCUGUUACUGUUUCCCGUACGAAAAGGGGAAUUUUCCCGACAAUCUGAAGCUGCUCAAGAAGCUGAACUUGCAUUAUGUGAAUGUGAGUGGCGCAGCUGUGGCGUUUUUGUUGGGAAACUGUCGUCUCCUUGAGCAUCUGUCCUUGUCCCGGUGUGGAAACGGGCUUUCGUCUCUGGAGGUUGUUGGGACCUCGCCGGUGUUCAAAUGCCUAGAAAUCAGCCAGUGCACUAGUCUCAAAUCCAUUGUGGUUCGUGAAUCAAAUGUUGUCUGCAUCAAGUACGCUGGUCCGAGUAUACCACAUUCUCAUUUCAAGCUUGAAGGUGUUCAUCGACUUACUCAGCUCUGGAUUAAGGGGCGGCCGGAGAUGAUGCGGUAUGAUAUCAAGAACAUCAGAGGCAUUAUAGACAUGUUUGAUUCAGUGCUUCCACAACUACACACCCUCAAGAUAUACACUAUGUCCAAAAUUACCGGCAAUGACACUUUGGAAAAGAUAAUGCCUAAACUUAAGGAAUUGGUGGUGGUUCUUGGCCGUGAAUACCUGGACAAUUGUUCUCUCGUGCCAAUAAUAAACUGGUUUGGUGUAGCACCUUGCUUGGAGAGAUUUAUCCUAGAGGCGUCACACCAGGUGCCAAGGGCUUUGGAAGCUAAUUACUUGCUUAAUGGUAGUGAUUAUGAUGUUUCAAAGAUUAAUAGGAAAAUUGAAGUUCAAUUGUCUUAUUCUCACAUUAAGGAAGUAGAAUUUGUUGGCUAUCGUGGCGUGCAUAAUCAUCUUCAAAUGAUUACACAGUUGGUGCGACAUGCUGUUGCACUAGAGAAGAUAAUUGUGGAUCCACGAUCUUUCGAGCUUCGCCCUAAUAUGCCGUGGGAUCGCAUUUCUCGAAUUCAAAUGGAGGAUGAAAUAAUUGCAAGGCAACAUGCAGAGGACCAACUAAAACAUGUUGCUUCAAGAAUUAAUGUCUACAUUCUUUAG